AUGAAGUUCACCGUCCUCAUCGCGGCCGCUUUAGCUGCUGCUCCUAUCCCAGAGGCUGCCGCCCACCCUGGUAUGGGAGAAACUAUCAAAGAAAUCGAACGAAUUGCUGCCCGCAGCUGGGGAAGUGGCUGGAACAGUAACAAGUGGCCUUCCAAGAGCAGUGAAGGAAACACCUGGGGUAGCGGUGGAAGCCAGAGCAGUGGAGGUGACAGCUGGAGCAACAGUGGAAGCCAGACUGGAGGCAGCAGUUGGAGUAACGGCCAAAGCCAAAGCAAUGGAGGAGGCUCUACCUCAUGGCCAGGCCAGACCAAUGGUGGCAGCAGCUGGAGCAACGGCGGAAGCCAAAGCGGAGGCCAGAGCGGCUGGACUGGAGACAGCUUCAACGCCCACUCCCUUAUCGGGGAUCUUACCACUGUCAGCGACAAGUCUCUCACCUCAGUUGGCCGUGAUAUCAAGAAGAUCCUUCAAGGCAAUGGCAACCCUACCAGCCGCGAGCGCUACUUGGGCUGCCCAUCUAUGAACACCAAUCAGUGCAAGCGCGACACCUGCUGCGUGUGGCAAUACAUCUCUAACGAACUUCAAGACCGUUUCAGGGGUGAGGCUGGUCGCUGCACCCGAUGGGCUCGUUAUGCAGUUCGAAUUGGCUUCCACGAUGCUGGUACCUGGUCUUUGAAGACUGCUUCUCAAGGAGGUGGUGCUGACGGUUCCAUCAUCCUUGCUAAUGAGCUGACCCGCGGCGAGAACAAGGGUCUUGAACAGAUUGGAGAGUACUACCAAACCAUCUACGACAAAUACCACAACACGUACGGUUUCACUCAAGUCACCAUGGCCGAUCUCAUCCAGAUGGGUUCCAACAUUGCUGCUGUCACUUGCCCUCUUGGACCCCGAGUGCGCUCUUUUGUUGGCCGCAAGGAUAGCACCAAGGCUAACUUGGGGGGACUCUUGCCUCGAGUCGACUCUGAUGCUCUUACUCUCAUCAACUUGUUCAAGGACAAGACCAUUGGCCCUGAUGAUCUCGUCGCUCUCAUCGGUGCGCAUACAACUUCCCAACAGCACCACACCAACAUCGACCGUGACGGUGAUCCUCAGGAUAGCACCCCUGGUGUCUGGGAUAUCCUGUUCUACCAGCAGACUCUCGACCAGAAUGCCCCCAAGCGUGUCUACAAGUUUGCCAGUGACGAGGUUCUCUCCCAACACCCUCUCACCAAGCCUGCCUUUGAGGCCUUUGCCAGUGGUAGUACCGGCCAGGCUGCCUGGAACGAGGAUUACGCCCGCGCCUACGUCCGUCUCAGUCUUUUGGGUGUCAACAACAUCAACAGUCUUACCGAAUGCACAAAGGUUCUUCCUCAGCCCGUCGACUCUUACCGCCACAAGGACAAGGGCAGAUUCAACAAGUGGCUCCAGAGCGAUGACAACUCAUACACAUCCAAGACCGUCUCUAAGGAUAUUGACGAUGGUUAUGAGAUCUCUAUUCCCGAGAACAAGAUCCCUUCUAGGCGUGGCCCUUGGAAGAAGUGGUCCACCUUGUUCAAGUGGUGGUAA